CCACCGGAAUCAGUAAACACAGUCUUAACAGCAUUUUCUAAACGCGUAUCAGGGUAAACUCUCAGUCUGUGUCGGUUUUGAAGUAAUGUAUCCAAGCUGCUAAGCUAACUUUAACGUUAACGUUUGAUUCUUAACGUCAACUUGUCCACCCCGCUAGCUUAGCGUUAGCUGACUGAGCGGUAUGGCUACAAGAAAACCCAACCAAAAUGGUGCCAGCCUUCCUUUUGCUGCACUUCAGCUCCUGGCUCCGCCUGUGCGCCUGGUAUCCGCGGCUCUCUGGAAAGUGAUGAAGCAGAGGGAUGUGAUGCAGUAUGGGGUUGUGGAGGAGUUUGUGACGUCAGCCUGUGAGACCGUCCCCGGGCUGCUCACCGUGAGGCACCAGGGCAAGCUGGCGCUGGGACUGAGAGGACGGUUAAUCUUGGAGCUGUGCUGCACACAGCCCGAUGAAAAGGUGAUUAUGCCGCACCUGGAGAGGAUCCGUGCCCCUGCUGCCCUGUCCCCCUCGUCAACUGCCACAGGGAGGAGGGACGUAAAAAUCAUGAGAACAGUGGAAAGUUUCCACUCAUUGGUUCACACGCUGCUGAAACACCCAGCAGAGAGAGAUCUCUUCUUCAAGGAGGAGUUUCCGGUGGAUUACGGUCCAGAGUUUGACCAAGAACUGGAGAAGCUGCUGUGGGAGUUUUUGAUCCGAGUGGACCAGUUGCUUCUGGUUCCCAAUCUGGCUCAGACCGUGUCGUGGCUCAGUGAUGCCCCUCCUGUCCUGGAGGAGUGCGCGCGGGCAGCCACCCAACCCCAGCUCCUCAAAAUGCUGCUUCAGCAUCAGACCUGUCUGGGUCAUCUCGAGACUGCAGCUUCCCUCCCUCCUAACAUGGGAGACUCCAUCCUGUCUUCACUUUCUCUCCCGCCUUCAGGAAGAGUACCUUCAGAUCAAUCAACCGCGGCCAAAAGGUCUGCCGCGGCCAAAAGGUCUGCCGCGGAGCAGACGCAAGACAAAACACCAUUUAUUACACCUGUUAUCGGACUAAUAUCUAAUGAAGACGUGCCGGUUAUGAGCAGGACACUGAGAGACGAACACUUUGGCCCAAAAGAGAAGCUGCAAUUCUCUUUGGAUAAACAGAGACAAGAGCCUAAAGAGGAUGGAGAACAAGUGGAGGAGAGGAGCAACGCAACAAAACGCAAGCAACCCGACCACGCAGAGAGUGACUCAGAUGAGGAGGUCGAAGUGUUAGGCGUGACCACAUCUGGGGGAGAGAGGAUAAGUUUCAGAAACAAAGCGAGCAGAGCUGUCGAGGAGCGCGACAGAGCAGCUCUGGAAACCUGUAUGUCGCAGCUGGGUGUCAAAACACUGCACCUGCCUGAAGAGCCGUCCCUCCGCUCCGUUUUCGAAUCUUGUCUGAGCCGCCAACCUCGAGUUAUCAUCGAAUCACUGACCGUGACGCCUGCUGGCGCUAACAGGUCUGACAGAGGAGGGAAAUCCUUACAUACGACCCGGCAGAAUCAGAGCAGGAAGUCGCCAGUCAAAACUCCGACACGGAAAGGCAGCCAAGCUCGAGUGCCCGAUUAUCCCGGCCUGGACGAUAAAGAAAAUCGUCCUCUGUUUCGGGGUAUAAGCCGCUCUCCCUCUCAGCAACGGAGUAACACAGAGACGUCGGUUCUUCCAGGAGGCAGUGACGACUACGUCGCUGAUUCUGAAGAUGAGGCGACAAAGAACUUCAAAGGCAGGCUGUUCAUGAAGCGCUACUACAAGACCAAACACGGCACCUACGUCCCCACGCUGAGGGAGUACUGGAAACCCGGGACGAAGCGGCGGCACCUGAUGUCCGCGGGCGCCAAACACAGAUGAUGACAUCAAAUUUCGCUGCCAGGUUUGGUGUCAAGAAACCUGAAAAAUGCCAGAGGACUUUAACUAUGGUUAUGAAUUUUUUUCUUCACCAGAUGGCAGAAAAGCCAAAAAUAAUUAAAAAUUUAGCGACCACUGUAGCUAAUGUACAUUUAUUUUUUAUAAUUGUAGCUGAAUCAAAUUUUAGUGGUUUAACAUCAUGGAAAACAAACCCUGAAAUGGCAUCAUCGUCACUUAUUAUGAGCACUGUCAUGCAAAGCAAGCGCUAAUUAAAUAUUUUUUUCAUGUACAGUUUCCUUUUAAGACCAGAUAAUAUCUGGAUUUUCUCUGUUACAAAUAAGUCACUUGUGUACAUAUUUUAAACCUCCAUGUGUGAUAUUCUCACUUAAUCAAUAAAUGAAAGUGAAGUUAUGUUUUAUAUGAGAAAAAUUUGUCCCCAUUUUUUAAUUUCAUUUAACGUGUUGGAGUGUCAGGAUCACAUCGGUAACCUGCCUGUUUUUUAUUUAAUUUUAUUCAUAUUUACGCACUUAAACAUGCAUUUGCCAGUGACUGAAGAUCACUGAAAAUCUGCACAUUUAUAUAGAAAGUGAGAAUGUCAUCACGUCGAUCAGCGGGGUCAAAAGUUCAUAGAAAUGGGGGCCAGCUGCUUUUUGCAUUAUAUGGGUUAAUUAUAAAAAACAAAAACACAUCCACCUGCGUAAAAAAAAUGCAAAGCGAUGGUGUUCGAUUAACCAAUAUUGUGUAAAAGUCAAGCCAUUUAAAAUUGGUCCAUGCUGGACUUUGGACAUGUCUGAUACAGGCUGUGUGGAUGAAAUUAGUUGUCAAAAACUACGAGAGUAAACAUCUUUAUUCACUGAAAAUCACAAACAAUCACCCUGAAUACUGUAAAAAUCCCAAAUCUUUAGUAAUUUAUUGCAAAACCUUAAAUCCUUUGAUAUAUUAUUGUAUUAUAGCACUCACAUGACAGGGAGAGUUCACCCUAAAAUCAAAAAAACGUAUUUUUUUUCUUUUCAAGACUCAUUUAAACUCCAUUAUGUGUGGAAAUAGAUGUUGUUUCAAACGUAAACGUCACUGUCCGUCACGCGUCCUUUAUUUUGGCAUAAAUACAGACAAUAGAUGGCAAAAGAGAGAAGAGUCAAAAGUUAUUCUACUUUUUAACGAGUGUUGUAGUCAAGACCAUACUAACUGGAACCGAGACUUGACCGAGACUUGAUGACCAAGUCAAAAUGCAUCGAUUCCAAGGCGAGACUGAGACCGAUCUUGAGUACUACAACACUACUUUUAACGGCGCCAUCAUACGCAUCGUGACACGUGGACGGAGAAUUAUUUUCACUAUGUUAUCGAUUCGUUCUGUUGCACCAAUUUUUAAGAGGCUUCUUCGCCUCCCAGAAUCGUGUCUCGCUUUUACUACGCUACGAUGAUCUCUGGUAGUACUACUCUGUUUCAUCUGUCUCCGUAAUCUUUCAGAAAAGUAAAAUUCGGACAAAAUGAACCCAGAGGACUGAAGGAGGGCUCCGUCCAUCUCCGUAUGUAACACUGAGCAUAGUCGAGCUGUCGAGAUAUUUAUCAGACUAGAUCAUUUUGGUGUGAGUUGCCGAGUGUUGGAGAUAUCGGCCGUAAAAAUUCCUGUCUUCCUUGUACGCUUCCUUCUGCACAGUGAUUCGGCUGGCGGGUCUAGCGCGGUAGAAAGAAAAUAGUUCCUACA